GAACACAUCAAGCCCAUUUCAAACCUGCUCUUGCAACUCCCGAAUUCGAUCUUCGUUAGCCUACGAGCUUUGAAGCCAUGGGCAGCGACGAUACUCUCGGAAAGGCUAAAGAUCCAGUCGUGGCAGUGGUGCAAUGGGUGAAGUCGCGGCCAGCGGGCACCAAACUGGGGCUCGGAGUGGGCGGUGCGGUGAUGCUACUGCUUAUCCUGUGGCGCACCAUCAAGGACCAUGAUACGCUAUUCGUGCUGGCUGAGAUAGCGCACUUCGUUGGCAUCGGCGUCCUGGGCUACAAGCUGCAGCAGAAGCGCUCGGUAGCAGGUCUGUCGCUGCAGUCGCAGCUGCUGACGGCCACUUUCUUGGCCGUGCGCCUGUUCUGCAGCUUCAUGAUGGAGUACGACAUCCACACGGUGCUGGAUGCCCUGACGCUGGCGGCCACGCUGGGCGUGGUGUUCUGCAUGACGGCCACCGACAUGAAGAUGACCUACCAGAAGGAACAGGACAUCAUCAAGUUCUACGUAGUGCUCAUCCCCUGCGCGCUGCUGGCGCUGGUGGCCAAGCCCUCCACCAGCCACUACUACAUCUUCAGGGUGUUCUGGGCCUUCUGCGUGUACUUGGAAGCCGUGUCCGUGUACCCGCAGCUGCGCAUGAUGCAGAAGGCCAAGGUUGUGGAGCGCUUCACGGCGCACUACGUGUUCGCGCUGGGCCUGUCGCGGUUCCUCAGCUGCGCGCACUGGAUCCUGCAGAUCCUGGAGGGCAACAAGUACCUGCUUCAGGCCCUGGGCAGCGGGUUGUGGCCGGUGAUGGUGCUGGUGAGCGAGGUGGUGCAGACCUUCGUGCUGGCGGACUUCUGCUUCUACUACGUCAAGUCGUACGCGGAAGGGUCGGGCAUUGUGCGCCUGCCCGCCGGCAUUGUGUAGGUCGUACACGGGAGGCUGUAGAUGUAGCGGGGGUCAGUGGCGGGGGAGAGCGCAUGCGGAGGCAGGCGCCUUCGUCCACGCCAUGCGGUGUGGAAGGGGCUGGCGGCUGCAGGGGCGGCUGCGGCACUCCGCAGCGCUUUGCGGCGCGGGUAUAGCUGCGAUGUACGGUAGGCGGCUCAGGUGGCGGAUUGCUCGGACGGCAUAAGUAGAUGGGUUGCUGUGUUGGUGAGUGGGGGGCCUCGGCAGGUUGUGUGCGGGCAAAUUUGGGCUUUGCGGCGGCGGGGCAGGGGGCAGGCGAUAGUGCUCGUGUGUGUGCAGUGUUGGAAACGGGGGAGCAGGUUGGAAAGGUUGCUACUGGAAGGGGGCGAGGAACAGAACGGCUGGGUCGACGGCGGGGAUCCGGUGGGGGCUAUGUUUGUAACCAUGUUGUAUG